GUGUUAUAUGAUUGGCCCAUUAUCCUAGUUAUGCUCGCUUACUAUAAAUUUUGAAAAGGUAGAAUUUGGACCAGCUUCUUGAAUCUGAAAUUCUCAAUUGGUUUAGGGUUUGCUGUUCUCUUUUUUGCUUCGGAGUGCCACCCGCCAGCGCCCAGUGGCCGACCCUCCCUCUGCGGCUCUGCAUCAGUCCCCACUUGCCGCGACUCCAACUCCAAGCCUCCAACGUGCCGCAGGCCGGCAACCUUACAGCCUUCGUCGCCUCCUCGUCGGAUAGCAAGCCCUCGGCUAGUCCCCACUUCCUGCGACUCCGAGUCUCCAACCUGCCGCAACCUUGCAAGUGAUUUCUAAAUAUGUCUCGGAGAUAUGAUAGCCGUACAACAAUCUUCUCACCAGAAGGCCGUCUAUAUCAAGUUGAGUAUGCAAUGGAAGCCAUUGGAAAUGCUGGCACAGCCAUUGGGAUACUAUCAAAAGAUGGGGUUGUGUUGGUUGGCGAAAAAAAAGUCACUUCAAAACUUCUCCAAACGUCAACUUCCACCGAGAAAAUGUACAAGAUUGACGAUCAUGUUGCCUGUGCUGUGGCAGGAAUAAUGUCAGAUGCGAAUAUUCUGAUCAAUACAGCUAGGGUCCAAGCUCAACGCUACACUUUUGCAUACCAAGAGCCAAUGCCUGUUGAGCAGCUCGUUCAAUCUCUCUGUGAUACAAAGCAAGGAUACACCCAAUUCGGUGGGCUGCGUCCAUUUGGUGUCUCAUUUCUGUUUGCAGGUUGGGAUAAAAAUUUUGGUUUCCAGCUGUACAUGAGUGAUCCCAGUGGAAACUAUGGUGGAUGGAAAGCUGCAGCAAUUGGUGCGAACAAUCAGGCAGCACAGUCAAUGCUUAAACAGGAUUACAAGGAUGAUAUAACAAGGGAAGAUGCUGUUCAGCUUGCACUGAAAGUGCUCAGCAAAACCAUGGACAGCACAAGUCUUACUGCAGAUAAGCUCGAACUUGCUGAGGUUUUCCUUUCACCUUCUGGGAAUGUGAAGUAUCAGGUCUGCUCGCCUGAGUCUUUGAGUGCAAAGCUGGUGAAGUGUGGAGUGACCCAACCAGCUACAGAGGCAUCCUAAGUUCUGUACUUCUAUGGCUUUUUAUUUCUGAGACAAGUUUGAACUAUAUUGAUGAUCUUGUAUUGCUUCAUCUGGAUAGAACUGCAAAAUCGAUGUUGAUGAUCCAUUUCUAACUAUGAUACUACUGUUGCAUGUUAAUUACAUAAUUAUGAAAUUGCAACAAAUGUUUGACAA